UUUUUUAUUCCUAAUCUAAAUAAUUUAAAUCCUUUUUUAGGUGUUAACAUGAAGCGAAGAGCCCGCGUACACAGCCGACGACAAUUAAGUCGAUUACGACUCGAAAGAUUUAAAAGGGAAGUUGUUUCGGAUUCGCAUAGCAUAACAAUAGAUGAAUUAUGCGCUCGAUUGAGUACAAACGUCGAAUCUGGACUAACGGAAGCUAAAGCGAAGGAAUUAUUGAGUCAAAAUGGCUUAAACGAACUCACCCCGACAUCAAAAACGCCGGAAUACAUCAAAUUUAUUAAAACAUUAACUGGAGGAUUUUCGUUUUUGCUUUGGGUCGGAUCUGGACUUUGUUUUUUAUCGUGUUUAAUCGAAUAUUUUUCGAAAGGAAUUUUGGAUACUGAUAAUUUAACGUUGGGGUGCGUUUUGGUUGUUAUUAUCGUUUUAACUGGUUGUUUUAUGUUUUAUCAAGAACAUAAAAGUUCGAUGGUAAUGGAAUCGUUUUCGAAAAUGUUACCUUUAUCGACGAAUGUAGUCCGAGAAGGCAAAUUAAAUCACAUCCAAGCGAAGCUUUUGGUAAUAGGAGAUGUUGUUGAGUUAAAAUUUGGGGAUAGAAUCCCAGCUGAUGUUAGAAUAAUAACGAGUCAUAGCUUCAAAGUUGAUAAUUCCCCGAUUUCCGGAGAAUGCGAACCUCUUCUUCGAAGCCCAGAUUGCACGAGUAGUCAUUUUCAAGAGUCGAAAAAUGUGGCACUUUUUUCAACAAACGCCGUUGAAGGAACAGCGCGUGGAAUCGUUGUUGCAACUGGAGAUGACACCGUAAUGGGGCACAUCGCUGGUUUAACAGCGCGAUUAGAACCGAAUAUCACACCAAUUUCGUUGGAACUAAAAAAAUUUAUGCGAUUAGUCACCGUUUGGGCUUGUUCCAUCGGAAUCAUAUUCGGGAUCAUUUGUGCCAUAAUCGGAUACAGUUGGAUUGAAUCCACAAUGUUUUUAAUCGGAAUAAUCGUAGCAAACGUCCCAGAAGGGUUAUUAUCAACGGUCACCGUCUCAUUAUCAGUAACGGCGAAACGAAUGGCAGCGAAAAAUUGCUUAAUAAAAACUUUACCGACCGUUGAAACUUUAGGUUCAACCUCAGUUAUUUGCUCGGACAAAACCGGAACUUUAACUCAAAACAAAAUGACCGUGUGCCAUUUAUGGUAUAAAGGACAAAUUCAAAUGGCCGAUUUAACCGUUGAACAAAACGAGGCAAAGCGAUACUUUCACGAUGCAGAAUUUAAAAUGUUAAUUCGAUGCGCAACUUUGUGCAACAUGGCCGAAUUUGAUAAACAGGAAGUUUCAAAACCGAUUAUGGAAAGAUUGGUGAUUGGGGAUGCUUCAGAAGCGGCGAUUUUAAAGUUUGUCGAGAUGACCAAGUGUUAUGGGGAACCUUCAAUGUAUCGGAGGUUACAUCCUAAAUUAAUCGAAAUGCCUUUUUGUUCAUCAAAUAAAUUUCAGUUAAGCGUCCAUUUAUUUGAAGCGAUGCACUGUAUAUUAGUAAUGAAAGGAGCCCCGGAACAAAUUCUCGAUCGUUGCGAAACGAUUUUUUGGAACAGCGAAACUAAAACGAUCGAUAAGAAAUUUCGAAGAAUCUGCGAAUCGGCUGUAAUGACGUUGGCGGCUCAAGGGGAGCGAGUUCUUGGUUUCGCCGAUUUGGAAUUAACCACAAUAACCAGCACUUACGAUUUUACUUUAGACCCCGAACCGAAUUUUCCAAUAACCGGGUUGCGAUUUCUCGGAUUUAUAUCGCUUUUUGAUCCGCCUCGGCCGCAGGUGCCCGAGGCGGUGCAUAAAUGUCGAACGGCUGGGAUAAGAAUUUUGAUGGUAACUGGCGAUCAUCCGAUUACGGCCAAAUCAAUAGCGAAGGACGUUGGGAUUAUUACGAAAAAUAAUAUUUUUGAAAUGAAGAGUAUCGAUGAGUUGAAAGCGAAGAAUUUUGAUCGAGCCGUUAUUGUUACUGGGAAUUUAUUGAGGGAAUUAAAUUCGAGUCAUUUGGAUACUUUGAUUUGUAAUUAUCGGGAAAUUGUUUUUGCUAGGACUUCGCCGAUACAGAAGUUGCAAAUUGUUGAAAGUUGUCAAAGAUUAGGCCAUAUAGUUGCUGUAACUGGCGAUGGAGUAAACGAUUCGCCGGCAUUAAAAAAGGCGGAUAUAGGAAUAGCGAUGGGAAUAGCCGGGACGGAAGUCUCCAAACAAUCCGCCGACAUGAUUCUUUUAGACGAUAACUUCGCGUCGUUAAUAAUCGGCGUCGAAGAGGGUCGAAAAAUUUUCGAUAAUUUAAAAAAAUCGAUCGCUUACACUUUAUCCUCGAAUAUACCCGAAGUAACACCCUUUUUGGCUUUUAUCAUUUUCGGAAUACCACUUCCUUUAGGUGUUUUAGCAGUAUUAUGCAUAGAUGUUCUUACAGAUAUGUUACCAGCUAUAAGUUUGGCUUAUGAAGAUGCUGAGUCGGAUAUAAUGAGUAGACCGCCGAGAAAUCCAAAAACAGAUAGCUUAGUUUGUGGAAAAUUAUAUUUUUUUUCGUACGGUCAUAUUGGGCUAAUCGAAAGUUUAGCUGGAUUUUUUGUAUAUUUCAUGAUUAUGGCCGAAUAUGGGUUUUUACCAUCAAGAUUAAUUGGCUUAAGAACUGAAUGGGAUUCUAUUUAUGUAAACGAUUUAAAAGAUUCUUUUGAUCAAGAAUGGACGUAUAAAGAACGAAAAUAUCUCCAAUACACUUGUUACACCGCAUUCCUAAUAGCCAUAGUUGUUACUCAAUGGGCUGAUGCCAUUAUUUGCAAAACGAGAAGAAAUUCGAUAUUAAAACAAGGUUUAUUUUCGAACUGGAUGUUAAUUUUAAGCAUUUUUAUCGAAACCCUUAUUGCUUGUGCUUUGUCUUACACACCAGGAACGAUUUAUUUGAAAUUUGCACCCGUUAAAUUAAGAUGGUGGCUUUAUGCUUUCCCAUUUGCGGUAAUUAUUAUUUUAUUCGAUGAAUAUAGGAAAUGGCAAAUACGAAGUCAUCCUCAUGGUUAUUGGGCGAGAGAAACUUAUUAUUAAAUUUAAUUAAUUUAAAUAAAAACCAACGCCAUCUUUUGGGUUAAAUUAUGUCGGCAAAGUAGAACAAGGAUAAAAUUCAAUAUAACCUCAAAUAAAUUUCGUUCCAAAUUUUAUUAA